AUGCGUUUUAUGGCAGGCCUUGCAAGGAGCCAGAGUCUGGGUCCGCCGUGCUUCCACAGCAGCCCCCAAGCCCUGUACACGGUCCUCUUAAUAGUGCUGGUCAUGAUGACACUUCUCUGUGUUCUAGGUAAGUUUGUUCCUGUCAAUUGGGAACCCCCUCAACCACUUCCAUUCCCCAAAUACCUGCACUGCUACCGAUGCCUCUUGGAGACCAAGGAGUUAGGGUGCCUUCUGGGAUCUGACAUCUGCCUCACCCCGGCUGGCAGCAGCUGCAUCACUCUCCACAUAAAGAACAGCAGCGGUUCUGAUGUCAUGGUGAGUGACUGCCGAAGUAAGGAGCAGAUGAGUGAUUGUUCAAAUACCCAAACUUCUCCGGUGUCUGGCUUCUGGAUAUUCUCUCAAUGCUGCUUCCUGGAUUUCUGCAAUGACACUCAAAACAGAGGGCACUAUACUCCUUAGUGUGACUGCAACAACCUUUGGUGUAAAAUUCCACCAGUUUCCAGCCACCUUCCUGACUUCUAUCUGGGCUUGGCCAGGACUUCUAGUCCCUCAUACUAGCCCUCCUUGCUGCCCAACUUGCCUCCCUCCAGUCACUGGACCCCAGCCUUGGCUCUUCCUCUUGGUUGACGCCUUUCAGCACACUUACUCCUACUCUGCACCCCCAGCCCCACUGCCCACCAGGUUUCCUCUCUUGUCCCUAGUCCCUGGAUGUUUCUCCCAAAUAAAUUUGUGUGCAAACUGUU